AUGUGGCUUGCGAUAAAGUUAACUCAUUCAUUAAGACAAAACCAAAACAGCAAAAUCCAACAGGAUUAUCGAUUACCAACAUCUUCAUUGAAGAAUGAAGUCACAACUCCUACUGCUAUGCAAAAUAUGAACUCCUUCUCUCCCGAAAGUGGUCACGACACAGAGCUUGGAAGUCUGGCACUCCAAAUGAAUUUCGAACUACAAGAUCUCCCCAUAAAGAUCCCUACAUUUAAAUAUCCUAUGAUUCACUUUAGAAAUGUUACUUUAGAAGAAUUUGAUGCCGAAGAUGGGUUAUCACCCGAACCGGGAGCAUCUGAAUAUGAAAACGAACUGCUGGCGACUUUACGAAAGUCAAUAAAUGCCACAACGGGUUCUACUACUUCCCAUGAUUCCUACCAAUCAGCUCUACAACAUCUGUCAAGUGUAUCACCCACAACUUCAACAGAUUCAAAUGCUGAUACUUUGACUCAUAACUCUAAAUUUCUUAGUGAUGCUCAGAUUGGUCCUGAUGUGGUACCCAACUCCGCCACUUAUUGCUCGCCUAAUAAUGAAAAGCAUGUAUUGCUCGGGGCACAUAAGGCAGGUACGGUGUUUAAGAGCAAUGAUCUUCAGCAUAUUCCUACAAAGUUCAAGGAUGAAAGCAUGGAUGCAACUAUACUCUUAGAGCCCAGUUCACGUUUUCUUCCCGGCCCGGUUUCCUUAUUAGAUUCGGUCCAAGAUGUCAUGGCUCAUGCAGACUAUAGUUAUGAAUCCUAUGAGUGUUUAAUGAUGUCCGCUAUGUUACUUUCAAGAAGUGGUAAAGCUGUGUAUUUUGGUAACAAAUCCAAUUAUAAUGGGAAGUGUGACUAUUCAAGGUUUAUAUCCGAAACCUAUAGCAUGUGUGAUGAAUGGAAGGAUAAAGCAAUUCAGCGUAUAGAGGACUGCGUUAGUAACUUUUACUCAUCUAAUGAGUUUAACCCGCAAGAGGUUAUUGCGUUAUCGUAUACUUCAUGCUUUAUAUCAGUGUCCAUGCUCCUGUUAUGGUAUGAUUAUCGAAGCUAUAUCAAAUCGGCAUCUGGCGUGUCUUAUUUGAUGUACAAUGUUUGCCCAUUAUUUGAACAGAAACCAGAUAUGGUCCCCGCUGAAAUCAAAUACUUGAUGAAGCAAUUACAAUACAUCAUUAAAACACUUGCCAUCCCAUCAUAUGACCCAGAAUUUCUUCAUGAAUUCCAAUCUAAUUUCUCGAAGUUGACGAAUUAUUACAAUGAACCUGAGAAGUUCAUGAGAUGCAUCAACGUUCAAGAUGUAAGCUAUUUAAAAGAGAUUCUCGAAACUUAUAAACGAUUGCAAUACUAUUACAAUUGUUUAAGUGAUUUUUUAGCCAAUUCUUUGAUCCCUAUGGUAUUUGAGAAACGGGAUGUUAAUGCAGUUUGUGUUUACUCUCCUGAACUUAUUUAUGAAUUAUGGGGAAAAUGGUUUAGUAUAUUCCCCGGUGAUACCGAGGUCCAACCUCCCAGCAAUCCAAAUUAUCCGGUGGAAUCAGCAUAUUUGACUGAUUUAUUCACAACAUUAUCCAUGUAUUAUUAUUCGUUACUGGUAGCAAUGGAUGCUAUUAUUCCAUCUGUGAAAUACCUUUUCAGUGUUAGUUUUUUGGUUCUGAACAAUCAGUUCCUCGGGAGGAAGGAUAUAUUUAAAGCCAAUGAAGAAACAUACUUAUCACGAGCAUUCAAAUCCAGAGAUUAUCUUUUAAAGAACAAUUAUUACACAAUGAGAUUAUUUGAAUUUUUUAAUAGAAGGUUCACCUUUUUUAUUGACAACAUCCAUUAUAUUACAGAAUCUCCUUAUACUCCAUAUGUGCAAUUAAAUCGGUUACAAUCUCGUUGUGUUCCUAAUGUUCAAGAGGAUUACAUCAAAAACUUUAACACCACAUUAAUUCGUCCAGAGCAUUUUCCAACUAGAAAAAUCGUUAGUCCUGAAGUAUUGGAUGCACCUUCAGUUUGCUGUGUUUUAACUCGUAACCAGGAGGAAGAACUGUCCAUGUAUACCAGAAAUAUAGAAAAGUUGAAUUUUUGUCAAGAUCGGAUACAAUACGAUACCGAAUCUAAGCUUUUACUUAAAGAUUAUAAGCCUUUUGAACAACGCAUGAAUCAACACAAGUUUACUCUUUCUUUGAGAACUAUGAUGGAAUUUUAUGAAGACAGAGCGUUACUACUUGCAUAA